CAAAAAUUGCUGAGAAUUCCCCAUAGCCCCUCCCCUCUCCGACUCCGCCCUUUCUCUCUGACCCUCACCUUUUCUUCUGGCACGCAUUGCCAACUCUCGAAGCAAUGGCUUCAUCAAUCAGAGCUUCAACGAUGCUUCAGUCGCCCUCAAUUGGGCUCCAGAGCGUUGCUCGUCGCUCAUUCGCCAUUCUGUCACGUGCGAGACCAAGCAGCAGCAUCGUCAGUGCGAGCAGACUGCAGCAGUCGUCGCGCAGAGGCUAUGCGGACAUCAAGCCUGUUGAGCCGGUGAAGCCUCGCCGCAAGUUCAGAGCCUUCAGGUUGAUGUGGAGAGCGACCUACCUCUCUCUCAUCGGAGGCGUAGCUUACAUGGGAUACGGCAUCUACGAACUGCGUCAUCCUAUGGAGCAGCCAAUUCCCGAUCCAAACAAGCAGAACCUCGUUAUCCUAGGUACCGGAUGGGGCGCGGUCUCGCUGCUCAAGAAGCUCAACACCGAGAACUACAACGUCAUUGUAGUCUCUCCUCGCAACUACUUCCUAUUCACACCCCUUCUGCCAUCAUGCACGACCGGUACCAUCGAGCACAGAUCUAUCAUGGAGCCGAUCCGAUCCAUUCUCAGACACAAGAAGGCCGCCGUUACUUUCUACGAAGCCGAAGCCUCGCACAUCGACCCAAUCCGCAAGACCGUCAGCAUCGCCGAUAACUCUGAGAUCAAGGGCACCUCCGCGAAAACCGAGGUCUCCUACGACAAGCUAGUCAUCGCUGUUGGCGCCGAGAAUGCCACCUUCGGCAUCCAGGGUGUCACCGAGCACUCUUGCUUCCUGAAGGAGGUCGGUGAUGCCCAGCGCAUCCGCACCAAGAUCAUGGACUGCAUCGAGACCGCGACAUUCAAAGACCAAUCGCCCGAGGAAAUCAAGCGUCUCCUCCACAUGGUCGUCGUCGGCGGCGGCCCAACCGGCGUCGAAUUCGCCGGCGAGCUGCAAGACUUCUUUGACCAAGACAUUCGCAAAUGGGUCCCUGAAAUCAGCGACAAGUUCAAGGUGACGCUGAUCGAGGCUCUCCCCAACGUGCUCCCCUCCUUCUCCAAGCAGCUGAUCGACUACACGGAGUCGACCUUCAAAGAGGAGAAAAUCACCAUCAUGACCAAGACCGCCGUCAAGAAAGUCACCGCCAACACCGUCGAAGCCGAAGCCACCAGCCCCGACGGCAAGAAGACCACCACGAUCCUCCCCUACGGCCUCCUCGUCUGGGCGACCGGUAACGCCGUCCGCCCCAUCGUCCACGACCUCAUGUCCCAGAUCCCCGCGCAGAAGGACUCCCGCCGCGGCCUCGCCGUCAACGAGUACCUCGUCGUCCAGGGAACCACCGACAUCUGGGCCACGGGUGACUGCGCUGUUGCGGGUUAUGCGCCAACUGCCCAGGUUGCUGCGCAGGAGGGCGCUUUCCUCGCGCGUCUGUUCAAUACGAUGGCUAAGACUGAGUUCCUCGAGAGCCGCAUUGAUGAGCUCUCCACCUCGUUGAACGUUACUCGCACCGAUGCGCCGGUUGUUGCUACCGAGCUCGAGGACCUCCAGAAGAGUCUUCGUCGCAUCAAGGAUAUCAAGCCGUUCCACUACUCGCACCAGGGUUCGUUGGCGUAUAUUGGCAGUGAUCGCGCGGUCGCGGAUGUGACGUGGUUUAAUGGCAACUUUGCCUCGGGUGGAAGCCUCACGUAUCUCUUCUGGCGCAGCGCGUAUCUGAGUAUGUGCUUUAGCACACGUAACCGCGUCCUCGUCGUCGUAGACUGGCUCAAAUCGAAGGCUUUCGGCCGCGACGUCUCUCGCGAGUAAGCACAAACAAUCCGCCGCAUGUAAAACAUUUAGCAGGCUGGAUCCGGGAUGGGUUGGUAUAGACUGGGGAUGGUGGACGGGCGACAAUUUUUCUUUUCCUAAUUACGACUCUCUUGGGAUAGACGGGGUUUUUUAUUUUCUGCGCGCUGCAAUUUUUCAUAAUAUUGUACGAUGGUGUGAGGGGGC